AUGAGAAUAACGAACGUAAGACGUGGAAGGAUUUUUCGUGUAGGCGGCAUAUGCGCUAUUUUAUUAAUUUUAAUAUAUGCUUUACACAACUACUCCCAAGCUAACGUUGCAAGAGAUUCUAACGAGCUAGCUGCCCCGGAUUCAGUGGCUGAGUAUUAUAAAUCCCACAGGGAUGUAUAUCCAACAUUAAAGACAGAGCUUGGAAACUUUGAACCUAAAGUGAAAAGGACAGUUAAAGGGCCCGGAGAAGGUGGGGAGCCUUACCACAUGGCACAAGACAGAGCAAAUGAUAUUGCAGAGUCUGAGAGUGAAUAUGGCAUGAAUAUAGCUGCAUCUGACGAUAUUGCUAUGAAUAGAACAGUAUCUGACACACGGUUGGAUGAAUGCAAAUACUGGCACUACCCUGAAGAACUGCCAUCCACAUCUGUCAUCAUAGUUUUUCAUAACGAAGGGUUCUCUGUUCUCAUGAGAACAGUUCAUUCAGUGAUAGAUCGGUCGCCACCAAAUGUGCUGCAUGAGAUAGUGUUGGUUGACGAUUUCUCUGACAAGGAUAAUUUAAAGCAAAACCUAGAUAAUUACAUCAAACGUUGGAACGGCAAAGUUCGACUUAUCAGGAAUUCACAACGGGAAGGUCUUAUAAGAACACGGUCGCGGGGGGCGCAAGAAGCAACUGGUGACGUCAUCGUGUUUCUGGACGCUCACUGUGAAGUCAAUAUCAACUGGCUGCCUCCGCUCCUAGCGCCAAUUUACAGAGAUUAUAGAAUUAUGACAGUUCCCGUUAUAGACGGAAUUGACCACAGAACAUUUGAGUAUAGACCUGUUUACCAGCAUGGGGCAAACUACAGAGGCAUAUUUGAAUGGGGAAUGCUGUACAAGGAGAAUGAAGUGCCAGACAGGGAAGCAAACCUCCACAAACAUAAGUCUGAACCAUAUAAAAGCCCUACCCACGCUGGGGGUCUUUUCGCGAUCAAUAGAAGAUAUUUUCUGGAGAUCGGAGCGUAUGACCCAGGCUUACUAGUGUGGGGAGGAGAGAAUUUCGAAUUAAGCUUUAAAAUAUGGCAAUGUGGGGGUAGUAUUGAAUGGGUGCCAUGUUCGAGGGUAGGCCACGUUUAUAGAGCCUUUAUGCCGUAUUCGUUUGGUAAUUUAGCGAAGAAUCGCAAGGGGUCGCUUAUAACAAUUAACUAUAAGAGAGUGAUUGAGACCUGGUUUGAUGAAGAGCACAAAGAAUAUUUCUACACACGGGAACCCAUGGCUAGGUUCUUGGACAUGGGUGAUAUAAGUGAUCAGAUCGCUUUGAGAGAUAAGUUGAAAUGCAAGAGUUUUGGAUGGUACAUGGAGAAUGUUGCUUAUGAUGUUUAUGACAAGUUUCCGAAGCUGCCUAAGAAUACCCAUUGGGGUAUGGUGAAAAACAAGGCGACUGGUGUCUGUUUGGAUACAAUGGGGAAAGCUGCACCGGCAUAUAUAGGUACCUCAUCGUGUCAUGGCGCUGGAAAUAACCAACUCUUCCGGCUAAAUGAGGCAGGCCAGCUUGGCGUUGGUGAAAGGUGUGUGGAAGCUGACUCUGACAGUUUAAAGCAAGCCAUCUGUCGGUUGGGAACAGUCGAUGGACCGUGGAGAUACGACGAUGAGCACAAACACAUAAUACAUAGACUGCACAGCCAUUGUCUGACUCUACAGCCCCACUCGAGGACUCUAGGGCUCGCGCCCUGUGACGUCAACAACACAUACCAGCAGUGGACCAUCACGCACAAGAAACCGAAUUGGUGA